AUGGCUAGCAGCAUGAUUGUAUUUCACGUCCUUGCCACUGUUUGCAUGUCCCUGCGAUUCUAUUCGAAGCGUAUUUCGAAGACCAAGUACUUUCUUGACGAUUGGGUCUUGAUUGUUGCCUGGGUUAUAGCCACUGCUUAUAUCGUUCUCGCCCUCUAUGACACGCAGUACGGGCUUGGCUUCCAUACGAGCGACAUCAAAACUUUAGGUAAAGCAAUUUAUUGGCCGAUGUUCGACAAAAACCACGUCUUUCAACUUCCGUUGUUGUUCACGGGCAUUACCAUUUGCUGGGUUUCCAAGCUCUCGUUUUUUAUCACGCUUCUUUGGCUGGUUAGAAACAAGACGCAGAAGACCGUCCUUUGGAUCGCAAUGACAACGAGCUCGGUCUUUCUUUUUUCACUUUCCAUCGUUCAGCCCUUUGCCCAAUGCGGGAGCGUCUUGGUCGCGCUCUUGAAUGAGGAUGACAAUACACACUGCAUUCCACGGACCAUAACCGUACCAAUGACUUUGGCUGCAUAUGGUUUCGCCGCUCUUACGGAUUUCUUGCUAUCCAUGGUUCCUACACUAGUUGUAUGGAAGCUUCAAAUGCAGCGGCAGCAAAAGAUUGCCAUCAUAUGUGCUAUGAGCACUGGAUGCUUAGCCGGGGUUGUGGCAAUCCUCAAAGUCCAAAAAACCUACGAAACGUUCUUUCUCGGUCAACAAGAACUCUACGCAGCUGGCUUGGGAAUUGCUUUGAACUCCGUCGAAGUCAGCUGCACAAUCAUAGGCGCUUCCAUACCAUUCAUCCGACUUUUGGUACCCAAGCUUACAAGGGAAAAGAAGAGGCCUGACGGGGAGGUCAUGGCUAUGGGUGUUUUGCAAGAUAAUCAGCAGAGAAAGGUAAAGUCGUGGUAUGGGAGUCCGAGCGGUGGUUCGAGCGGUGGUUCGAGCGACUUUUAUAACAAGCACUCCAAGGACGAUGAUUCAGUUGCUAUUCUGGAGGUUGAAAGAGGGAUGCAAAACUAGAAGGCAAGGGGAACUACUGUACUGGGUCUCAGUGCUGUCAGCCAAGUCCAAUCUGAACAUGGCGUCUGUGCCCUCAACUCACUAGAAUCACUCCUCAUUUUCGACCAGAUAAUGCGCCCGAACUGCCUGAAAAAUGUCAGAUCCCGGAGUAUGAAGACCCAAAGAGCCGCUCCGGGUUUCCAUCAACGGAAUAUUGAAUGCAUGGUAAUAUAAU